AUAUCGAGCAUUUUCCGGCCGAAACGCUCGUAUCCUACCUCUUCCCUCUUUCCUGUUCCCUUGACUUUCCUCGUCUUCAAUCUGGCACACCCUUGACGAAGACGACAUGUCUUCGCCCUCCCUCUCAACCAGGCCUUCAGCAUCUUCCAACCAAGCCACAAGUACCAGCAGUAGCAAUAGUAGCGUCGAAGAACCACUUUACCAAGUCAAGCUUUUGUCGGCUCUUCGUAGUGGCGACCCGGCAUUAAUACAUCCAUUUCUCACUGAGAUUGGCAAGGACAAACGGAAGUCAACUGAGCAAAACCUCGACACGGGUGCAGCGGCGUUGCAUCUCGCGGUGAGAUGCGCUUCAGUUGCGACCGUAGCAUUAUUAUUGUCACAUCGAGCAAUUUCUCCAAACGGUGUUCACCCUCCAGGUUCUGGAACAACUGCUUUGCAUUUAGCAUCAUCAUUAGGGCGUGUUGACAUCGUCAAUCUUCUGUUGGAGCAGGAGGGUAUAAAUGACAGCCUCACAGACGCUAAUGGGAAAACCUGUAUAGACGUGGCGAAAGGACGUGAUGUUAUUCGCGUCAUUGAAGAUUCGCGCGCAUUUCUUAAUGCAUCUUAUCGUUCGCUCUUGCACAGCUAUAUAAUGUCUCCUCUUUCUACUCCGCUUUCUUCGGCACUUCUUAGACUACUCGAAUCUCCUCGGGUGCGCUUUGUGAACCUUUCCUACCUUGAUGAUGACUCCGGCGUGUCACUGCUCCACGAGGCCGCAAGGCGCAAGGAUCUACGCCUCAUUGAGCUGGCUGUCAGAUCUGGGGCAGAUGUCUUUGUACGGAAUCGGCGAGGAAAGAUGGCAUAUGAAGGAACCGGAAAAGAUGAUCGCGUUCGCGUGUUUCUACGGCAGUUCGCUAAUCAUGAUAGCAGCUUAAUUCAGGCUCCCUCGUCCGCCCAAUCUCCUGUUUUGAAAGGCUAUCUCAAUAAGUACACGAAUGUUGCAAAAGGCUACAAUACUCGUUGGUUUAUCUUGGAAAAUGGGGUUUUGUCGUACUAUCGCCACCAAGAAGAUGAAAGCGUCGCUAGUCGCGGCUCCAUAUCGAUGAAGACCGCUAUACUCAAAAUAUCCACAACCGACCGCCUGCGUUUUGAGGUGCAUUCUACCCCUUCCCGUGGGCACCAAUCGGGUGUUCAGAAGUGGUACAUGAAAGCGAACCAUCCUGUGGAAGCAUCCCGCUGGACACAGUCGAUAUCUAAGAGCAUCGAGUGGCACAAACAUGACAAUGAAGGUCGAAGGAGCGGCGAGAGCGAUGCCAAUGGCAUAAUUCCAAAGUCUGUGACGGUUUCUUCAUUGCAUUCUCAUUCCCAUUCCCGGAACGAGAGCACCAAACAAGGCAACUGGAGCGAGGGCGAGUCCCAGUCUGUGGCAAGCUCUCACAGGGGAAGAUACCAUUCUCAAACGAAUGAUCGAGGUGACGAAGAACUGGACAACGACGAGUCUUCUGCUUCGGAGUCCAUCACAAAGACAGUACCCUUCGACUCCAGUUUUGAGUUGCACGGCAACUCAACAUCAGCACAGAUGGAGUUGACGUCACAGCUGCUGUCUAAUCUCGUUCUUCCCUCUGAUGUAUCUCAACAGACUAACGAUUUACGAAGCGCCUUGAAGGAGUCCUUUUCCAUGGUGCAAGGCAUGCUAGAUGAAUACAUACAAAUGGUCAAAGUCCGAGAAGAAUGGUUCCGAAAACAGCUACAGAAGGAGCGAGACAAAUCGACUUUGUGGGAAGAGAGUUUUGCUACUGUUGUUAAAGAAGGGGAGAAUCUCGAGAAGGAACUACGUAUCCGAAGCAGAAGGCGCGGCAGCCGCUUCUUCGACGCGGCCGAGGUACCUGGAACAGUAAAACAACGCCAGUCUUUCCUUGCUCCCUAUCCACCCGUUAUCGAAGAAAGUCCCAAACCUGCAUCAGAACUUUCUCAGCUAUUUUUGCAGCAUAAAGAGACGGUCGAAAUUUCACGCCCAACGGAUUUACCUCUGCGAUCGGAAAGCGAUGGCUCUGCUGUCCCUGCAGUAACGACGGAGGCCGAAAGCGCGUUAGACACUGAUGAUGAGGACGAAUUUUUUGAUGCCAUCGAACCAUACAAUAUACCCAACCUGAUAAUACCGGAGUCUCUCGCCAGUCCAACACAUUCAGAAUUGUCCCUGCCUGUCGACCUAACUGCGCCCUACGCUGGAUACAGAAAUCUUCGUACUUCGCUUAACUUGAUGGAUGAGCGUCCGAACACAAGUCUUUGGUCUGUACUCAAACACAGCAUCGGGAAGGACUUGACCAGAAUCAGUUUCCCCGUCUUCUUUAACGAACCAACAAGUAUGUUACAACGGAUGGCGGAAGACAUGGAAUUUUCAGAGUGCCUUGAUACUGCUGCCCGGGAGCAAGAUCCGUUAUUGCGAAUUGCCUAUGUAGCGGCUUUUGCCAUGUCAAACUACUCUUCCACCAUCGGUCGGAUUGCUAAACCUUUCAAUCCUAUGCUUAGCGAGACGUUCGAGUAUGUACGAUUCGACAAAGAGUAUCGAUAUAUAUCCGAACAAGUAAGCCAUCAUCCACCUAUCUCUGCGUGCUAUUCGGAGUCUCCAUAUUGGCAUUACUAUGGCGAGGUCGAUGCUCAGAACAAGUUCAUGGGGAAGUCGUUCGAGAUUAGGCCGACUGGUGUUGCGCAUGCUGAACUAGCUUUGCCGUCGGAACUUGGAAUCGGAUAUCCGAAGGCAAGGGGUGAGACGCAGGCCGGUAAGGUCCUGGAACAUUACAGCUGGAAAAAGGUCACCACAAACGUAUCUGGGUUCAUUCUGGGAUCGCCUACGAUCGAUCACUACGGCGAAAUGAAUGUCAUCAAUCAUCGAACUAAUGACCGCUGUAUACUGACGUUCAAACCCCGAGGUUGGCGCGGAAGGGAUGCCUAUGAGAUUUCUGGACACGUCAUCGAUUCGAAAGGCAUAACAAGAUAUAGUAUUGCUGGUAGAUGGAACGAGAACCUACUCGCGUGGAAAGCAGGUGGGACCAGAGUUUUGCAGCCCGAUGGUUCUGUUGGUGGUCCCAAUUCUCCUGCCGCUAGUCGAGAACACAUUCUGUUAUGGAGAAACUCUGAAAAACCUGCCGGAUCUCCAUUCAACUUGACACCAUUCGCCAUAAGUCUCAAUGACUGUCCAGAAGACACGCUGAAACCGUUUUUGUGCCCGACAGACUGUCGACUGCGAGUUGAUCAGCGAGCAUUUGAGCUUGGGAAAUAUGAGCUCGCUAAUCAGCUAAAAUCGGACCAGGAGGAUAGGCAGAGGGCUACCCGGAAGGCCAGGGACGAAGGCAAGCUGCCUCCGCACCAGCCUAGGUGGUUCACGGCGACUACGGAUGGAGACACUGGUGAAAGAGUUUGGGCGCCUUCGAUGUUGGGUGAUAAUUUGGAAUAUUGGGCUCAGAGGGAGAGGGUUUGGAAAGAGAAACACAACGGCGGGGAGGGACAGUGGCACAACGUGGAAUCUAUCUUUAUAGAAGAGCCGGACUUUCUCUAAUGGACAUGGGUAUCGUAGUUUAUUGUAAUUAAUAUGUGGAAUAAUUCGGUAUUACUGGCAGGGGACUGGAUGGGCAAACGGUUUUCGGAUGAACUACGCUGGGCUGUGGCGAAAAGUUGUAGGCUAUCAUAGCUGGCAAGCAAACCUUGUCUCCGAUGACUUUGAUAGACGUUGCGUCAGAAGGGAAACGUUCAUUUUUUAUUGUGUGCGCAGAGGUGUGUAGUCAGAAGGAAGCUAGACAAAAGGCUAUGUUCAGAGCGGUGAACGUUUGAACGCUGACACUCGUCGGUCCCGCAUUGGCUCCAAACUUGAGUUUGAAAAGCAGGAGUAUCAGUAACUUGCUAGCCAGGCUAACUGACCAAGUUCUGAAGUUUAGGAAG